CCAAUUCCCUUUUCAGUCCACAUAUCACUUGCCCACGACUUUUAUAUAGUCCUACCAUUGUCCUUACUCGCGAAAGGUUUCGAUAUUUCGCCACACUCAAUCUAUUAUCUCGUCAACCUUCUAGCACACAUGGCCGGAGACAAAAUCUCCAUGGACAACGUCAGACCCGUCCAGUCUUUGGACAACGUUGAGGCUGUCGAAAAAGGCCACCUCACCGAAAAUGAGUUCGAAGUCUUCAAGAAAGGAGAAGGCAUUGUGGACUUUCGUACAGUCACUUGGUAUCAUGCGUCCAUGAUUUUUCUCAAGAUCAUCUUUGCAACCGGAGUUCUCUCCAUCCCCACGGCCAUGUACACUCUUGGUGCGCUGCCAGGAGCGAUCAACAUCAUUGCCUUCACUUUGCUCAAUGGCUACUGUGCAAUCAUUCAGGGCAACUUUCGAAACUCUCACGCAGGCUGCCACAGUAUCGCUGACAUGGCUCAACUUGUCGGAGGACCAAUCUUGAAAGAACUUGUGGGAUUUCUCUUCAUUGCGGCAUAUGUGAUCUGUGCUGGCUCCGGCAUUAUCGGCGUUUCUGCAGCCUUCAACGCCUUGUCAAACCAUGCGCUCUGCACUCAAUGGUUUGCGUUCAUUGCGACAGUCAUUGUUGCAGUCUUCGCCAGUGUGCGCAAGUUUGAAAAGCUGGCCUGGCUCACCUGGGUGGGAUUCAUCUCUGUGUUCGUUGCGGUCAUGAUCAUUGUCAUUGGUGUCACGACGAGAAACCGUCCAGCAAUCGCGCCGCAAGCUGGUCCAUUCGACCUUGGCUACCGUGUGGUCGGCAACCCAACAUUCAUCGCCGGUAUGACCGCAGUUGCAGCAAUCUUUGUGUCCAGCGCCGCGACUGCAGCCUUCUUGCCCGUCAUCUCGGAAAUGAAGAAGCCUCGAGACUACAACAAGGCGGUCUACGUGUCCAUGGGUAUUGUCACAUCCGCAUACCUGUCUUUCUCCUUGGUGGUUUACAAAUGGUGCGGAAAGUGGGUGGCAACACCGUCACUUGGUUCCGCUGGACCUACUUUGAAGAAGGUCGCUUAUGGUGUCGGCAUUAUUGGAUUGGUCAUUUCGGCCUGCCUCUAUGUCCAUAUCGGAGCAAAAUACCUCUUCGUCAGAAUCCUACGCAAGUCUCGCCACUUGCAGGCCAACAGUAUCAUCCAUUGGGGUACUUGGCUCGCUUGUACGAUUGGGAUGUCUAUCGCCGGCUUCCUGAUCUCCUCCGGCAUUCCCAUCUUCAACUACCUUUUGGGUUUGGCCGGUACACUGUGCUUCGCACCAGUGGCAAUCUCUCUUCCUGGCUGGCUCUGGUGCUACGACCACCCUCAUUAUUGGAAGGGUACCUUCCUGCAGAAGGUCCUAUACGUUUUCCAUGUCUUCAUGAUAGCCCUGGGGCUCUUUGUCACCAUCGGCGGAACAUACGCUGUCAUCCAGGCCAUUAUCGAUGCCUACGCCAGUGGACAAAUUGGAGCCGCUUUCGAUUGUGCAGACAACAGUGGUACCGUAUUGAACUAGUGAGCCAGGCGGUCAUGAUGCUUCCGUACUCAUGACGAGCCCGACAAGUUUUGGGAAUGAGGGAGAUGAUAUAGUUGCGCCAGAUGUAUGCAUAACUUUGUGCCAGAUAGUAU